AAAUCAAAACAAGAGGUUGGUGGCAUCUCUCAAAAACAAUCAAAAUCACACCACCGGCCAACCAACCGGAUUCAAACCUAAAUCUCCUCCCUCUGAUUUUUCUCCAGCGUUGAAUUGUUUGGUUUGACUCGCCGGAGAGAGAUGGACGGAGACGGAAAAGUGUUCACCUUGGCCGAGGUUUCCCAACACAGCACCAAACAUGACUGUUGGCUCGUCAUCGGCGGCAAGGUGUAUGAUGUGACAAAGUUCUUGGACGACCAUCCUGGCGGCGACGAGGUCCUGUUGUCUGCUACAGGGAAAGACGCUACCGAUGAUUUUGAGGAUGUGGGUCACAGUACGACGGCGAAAGCCAUGCUUGAUGAGUACUAUGUGGGUGAUAUAGACUCGGCCUCGAUCCCGAGCAAGACCAGUUACACCCCACCGAAGCAGCCUCAGUAUGACCAGGACAAGACAUCGGAGUUCAUCAUUAAGAUCCUUCAGUUCCUUGUUCCUCUUCUAAUCCUAGGAUUGGCUCUCGGCGUCCGUUUCUACACCAAUUCUGCUUCUUCUGCUUGAAGACUGUCAAUUCGAGAAACCGGGUAAUAAGAUUAUGAUCACUUCUGGUGUUGUGUUCUAUUCUACUGUUAGAUACCAGACACCUCUAUUUAUUUCUGCAGUUUUGGUUUAGAACUGCAAAUGGAACUCAUCGUCAUGUAAUCUGGAAGAGACAGACCUUAAGGUUAUCCAAAAACCUCAUAAUGUUUUUGAUUCUCAA